AAUAGGGGACUGUGGAAGUAGGCCCGCAUGGAUUUCCCACGAUUUUUAAGGGAAGAUCCAUUGAGUUGGAUCAUCAAGGCUGAACAAUUUUUUGAAUGUCAUGGAAUUACUGGAGAACAGAAAGUAGGCCACACUGCUAUCCUCUUCGACGGACCAGCCAUUUGCUGGUAUAAGUGGCUCUUACCGCAGCAUGGGACGCUUGGGUGGGAAGAAUUGAUCAAUGCGAUAAAUGCACACUUUGGACCAUCUGCAUUCCUCAACUAUAACGUAGAGCUGUCAAAAGAUCAGGCAACAAGGAUUGAUUGUCGAUUAUCAGGAACAUUUUGAAGAGAUAAGCAAUAUGGUCAGAGUUUGGCCGAUGGAAGCGCUGGUGGGAGCGUUCAUAGGAGGCCUAAAAGAUGAAGUCAGGAUCCAGGUACAGACGAUGAAACCACGCACCCUCUCUGACUGCUUUGAGAUAGCUAGGAUGGUCGAGGAGAAACUCAAGAGACUCGGUGUGUCCAGCCAGCUGGGAAUUGUGGAUAGGAAUUUCAAGCCCAUGGGACUGCGCCCAGAGGCGGCGCCUCCACCUGCGAACAGCACCAAGCCAAGUCCAGCAUCUAGGCAGGUUAUUAAACGUUUGACGCCUGAACGAAUCAAGGAGAAAAGGCGUUGUGGCAUCUGUUUUCACUGUGACCAACCAUGGUUACACGGCCAUAACUGCAGGAAACUGCACAUGUAUUUGGUGGAUGAGGAGGGGCAGCCACUGGAAGAAGAAGAAGAUGCUGAGCUUGAACAAGUGAUGUUAGGGGAGAUGACGGCCGCGUUUCAGCCUGAGAUCUCACUCCACGACUUGACAGGGGACGAAGUACCCCAACUGAUGCAUGUGGAAGGGCUGUUGAGAGGAUGGAUCGUGAGCAUAUUGUUGGACACAGGUUCCGCCCAUAACUUCAUAUGAAAGAAGACGGCCAAAACCUCGAGGUGCACGCUGGAACAGCAGCCAGCCAUCAACAUCAUGGUAGGGGAUGGAAGGACACUGAGGUGCAAAGGCAAAUGCUCACAGGAGGUGUUAGAGAUGCAGGGCCACAAAUUUCCAGUGGAAUUGUUUACCUUAGCGAUGGCAGGUGCUGUGUUGGGCAUUCAAUGGCUGCGUGGUCUUGGAGAAAUGGUGUGAGAUUUUUUGGGCAUGCGAAUGCAUUUUUGCUGGGCUGGAGAGGAUAGACAAACCUUGACUGCUGCGCCCAAGACACCCAGUUCUGGUUGCAAGUGAUCCAGAAUCAGGAAAUGCAGCAGGGAGCCAGAAAUUACAAGAAAGAAAUUGACCCAGUUAAGAUGGCUGCACUGCUGGAAGAGUUCAGCAUUGUUUUUGAGACACCCAAGCGUCUGGCACCAGCGCAGAAUUGCAACCACAGCUUCAAAUUACAGUAGGGAGCCAAACCUGUUAGACUGCAUCCCUGCGGCUACAGUCACUAUCAAAGGGAAACAUUGGAAAAAAUGGUGCACGAGAUGCUAACCGAUGGCAUUAUCCAACCAAGUCGCAGUCCAUUUGCUUCCCCAACGCUGUUGGUCAAGAAAAAAGAUGGGAGCUGGAGGUUUUGUGUGGAUUGUCGCUCACCGACUUAAUGCGAUAACGAUUCGUCUGGAGUCCGAAGGUGGGAAGCAUUCAUCAAUAAUGUUUUGCACAAAUGGGAUCCUUUUAAGGCUGUUGAUUGGCAUGGGUGCUGGUACAUCAAAGAAAGAAGCAAAGCUUGAUGAAGCGGAGGCCCAUGAAAUAACUCAUAUUAUUGUGGAUGAAAUCCAUGAAAGAGAUCGUUUUGCUGAUUUUAUGCUUGCGAUUCUUAGAGAUCAGCUGCCCUUGUGGCCUCAUCUACAUCUGGUGUUGAUGAGUGCAACUAUUGAUGCUGAACGGUUUUCACAAUAUUUUGGUGGAUGCCCUAUUAUUCGAGUCCCAGGGUUCACAUAUCCUGUCAAGACCUACCACUUGGAGGAUGUGCUUUCUAUCUUGAGGUCGCCAGAUGCUGUUCAUGCCAAUGCUGAUGGCUUGUGCAAUGAAACAAGUUUAAACCAAUUAACAGAAGAGUACAGAAUUGCCAUGGAUGAAUCAAUUAGCUUGGCGUGGGUCAAUGAUGAAUUUGAACCUCUGCUCGAAUUAAUUUCCACUGAAGUUUCUCCAGAAAUUCAUAAUUACCAGCAUUCCUCAACUGGUGCAACACCUUUAAUGGUCCUUGCAGGAAAAGGUCGAGUAGGUGAUGUUUGUAUGCUGCUUUCAUUUGGUGCUGAUUGCUUUGUUUGUGAUAAUGAUGGAAGGGCGGCACUAGAUUGGGCUGAAAGUGGAAAUCAUCUAGAAGUUGUGGGGGUGCUGAAGUCUCAUAUGGAGCAGCAUGACCUUGAAUCAGAAGAGGAAAAACAGCUUCUUGAGAAAUAUUUGUCGACUGUUAACCAAGAUCAUGUUGACAUUGUCCUCAUUGAAAAACUGUUGAAAAAAAUAUGUAUUGAUUCUGUGGAGGGAGCUAUCCUUGUUUUCUUUCCUGGGUGGGAGGACAUAAGUCAAUCCAGAGAGAGAUUACUUUCCUCUCCUUUCUUCCGUGACUCCUCAAAGUUCCAGAUAAUAGUUCUUCACUCAAUGAUACCAUCAAUGGAGCAGAAAAAGGUUUUCAAACACCCACCUCCUGGUGUUCGAAAAAUCAUCCUUUCCACAAACAUUGCUGAAACUGCUGUGACCAUUGAUGAUGUUGUUUAUGUCAUAGACAGUGGUCGUAUGAAGGAAAAAAGUUAUGAUCCUUACAACAAUGUGUCCACUCUUCAGUCUUCAUGGAUUUCAAAAGCCAGUGCAAAACAGCGGGAAGGACGUGCUGGACGAUGUCAACCUGGAAUAUGCUACCACCUCUAUUCAAAAGCUCGUGCAGCAUCUUUGCCUCACUAUGAUGUUCCUGAAAUCAAGAGGACACCUAUUGAGGAGCUGUGCUUGCAGGUAAAGUUACUUGAUCCACAAUUCAAAAUUGUGGACUUUAUACAGAGAACUUUGGAUCCUCCAGUAUUUGAGGCCAUACACAAUGCGGUUGUAGUUCUCCAAGAGAUUGGGGCAUUAACAGAGGAUGAACAUCUGACAGAACUGGGGAAAAAGAUAGGUUCCUUGCCAGUGCAUCCAUUGACUAGCAAAAUGCUUCUAUUUGCUAUCUUAAUGAAUUGCUUAGAUCCUGCAUUAACCUUAGCAUGUACGUCAGGCUAUAGGGAUCCAUUUGUUUUACCAAUACUUCCUGAUGAGAAGAAAAGAGCUAAAGCAGCCAAAUUGGAGCUUGCUUCACUUUAUGGUGGCCAUAGUGAUCAGCUUGCGCUAAUAGCAGCAUUUGACUGCUGGAAAGGUGCUAAAGCUAAAGGUCAAGAACAGAAAUUCUGUUCCCAAUAUUUUAUUUCUCCAAGUGUAAUGAAUAUGCUAUUUGGCUUGCGCAAGCAGUUGCAAAUUGAACUCAUUCAGAAUGGAUUUAUACCAGAAGAUGUCUCUAACUGUAGCCUGAAUUCUAAGGAUCCAGGAAUUCUGCGUGCAAUUAUUUUAGCUGGUAUGUAUCCCAUGGUGGGAAGAUUACUACCACGACUCAAAAAUGGUCAGAAAGCUGUUGUGGAGACUGCCAGUGGUGCUAAAGUUCGUUUGCAUCCUCAUUCUUCCAAUUUUAGCUUGUCAUCUAGCAAAUGUCUGACUUGCCCCUUGUUAGCAUAUGAUGAAGUCACUCGUGGAGAUGGGGGCAUUUACAUAAAAAACUGUACUCUUGUUGGACCUUAUCCAUUGUUACUGCUUGCAACGGAGAUGGUUGUUGCUCCUGCAAAUGAAAACGAAGAUGAAUAUGAUGAAGAAUCUGAUACAUGUAUGAGUGAUGAAGAUGAAAAGGAACCUCCGACCGCUUCUGUGAAACAAGAAACACUUAUGUCUUCACCUGAGAAUAGUGUUUCAGUUGUCAUUGAUAGGUGGCUUAGGUUUGAAGCAACUGCACUUGAUGUUGCUCAGAUUUACUGUUUGAGGGAACGACUUUUUGCUGCAAUAUUAUUCAAGGUCCAUCGUCCUCAAGAAAUAUUACCUCCAGCCCUGGGGGCAUCAGUUUACGCAAUUGCUUGCAUGCUUGCCUAUGAUGGUAUGUCUGGGAUAGAUGCUGGAUUGAUGUCAGUAGAUUCUCUUACAACAAUGGUCAAAACCACUGGCAUAGAAAGCUCAUCUUCAAAAAAGCAUUUCAUAUCUGAAGGAAAGAAGUCAAUUAGAAGUCAUUGUCCAUCCAAUUCGCUUGAGUAUCUGAAAUCACUGUUAAACGCAGACACUGCUGUUGCAGUUGCUGCUUGUAAUUCUACACAGCAGCUGCACAAAUCAAAGUCCACUGCAAAACUCUAUAAUGGACAAAGACACAAUGGUUCAAGUCAUAAGCACUCAAAAUCAGCCGGUCCAACUAAUAAAGUGCCAUCUGAGAGGACUGAAAGAGCAUCAGCUGAGCCUCCUUUUGUUGGUGGAAGUAACCCGCCAAGAGCUGGUUCUUUCAAGAGGCAACGUGAAAAUGGUUUUCAAUUAUUCAGCUAAGUUGGAUAAAACUAAUGAAUGGUGAUGAGAAUUGAUCGGAUUUAUCCUUGGUGGAGAUAAUUCCUCAAGAGCAUUGAUGAACGCACUCAUGAUACCUCACACAAUUUUGGGAGUCCUAGCGGCAUCAUGUCAUGAUGUCAAUUUAGUCUAUGAUGUCCUCUCUUCAAAUAUCCCAAUUUGAUCAAGAAGAAGAGGACAUUACUUGGAUGGCUGCUGCUGCUAAAAGUGUAUGUUUUGCUGAAUUUGUAUGAGAAGCCUAACUGCUGUCGCCAGUUGUCCAGAACCUGGCAAAAUGCUGCGUUCACGUUUUUCUUCUGUGCAGAGGUGCGUGCAUGCAUGUGUCUCCCUUUGCUGUAAUGAAAUUGAGGGUCUGUAGAAGUGUAUGGAAGGCAUUUAAAUUCUCUGAUUAUGUAAAUCAUAUGUAUAGACCUAUGUCACACAGACUCUUCAAAAAAGGGACCGCACCCUUGUCUGCACGACGCUGGUGCUGGUGCAGCACCCCAACCAUGUCCUUUCUUAUGUAAGUUUAAAAUAUUUUUCAUUUUUUUUUC